CGAAUAAUCUGAUUGGUUUAAUUUUAAACUGCGGAUACCAGCGCGGAAUACGACUUAGCCACUACAGAUUUUGAAAAUAAAAUGUCAAAUGAUUAAUAAAAAGCAGAAUAUUACAAAGUGAAAGGAAAAGAAUCAGAAAGGAAAAUGGCGAACCGUUAUAACCAGCGUAUAACUGCGGACAUAGUUCCCAUGGAUAUAACAGAAGACGAGGAUGAUGACACCACACUGCCUCUAGUUCCACAUUUAAAAAGAAAUCUCCUUGGGGAUUUUGGUCGCCCAAGUGUUCUAGAGCCACCCAUUCCACAUGAGCAUAUGAAAGUGUUUCUGAGGGUACGACCUUUCUCUACAGAGGAGAAGGAAAGGAAUGAAGAUCAGCAAUGUUUAUCGAUUGAGACAGACAGAACUUUGAUAACAAAUGCCCCUAAAGAUUCACAUUUCUUCAAGAACAUGACGAGGGGUUCCUGCAGAGCUGCUACUAAGUUCACAUUUUCACAUAUCUUUAAUGACAGUACAACACAAAAGGAGUUCUUUAACUCCACCAUGCUUGGACUUGUGAAAGAUUUUAUAGAUGGACAAAAUUGCUUAGUGUUUACUUACGGUGUGACAAGUUCAGGGAAAACAUACACAAUCCAAGGAAACCCAAAAGAUGCAGGGAUACUUCCAAGGGCAUUAGAUGUUUUAUUUAACAGCAUAAACAAAAGGCAGUGGGAUGGUAUGGACCUGAAACCGAAGAUGUUUAUCGAUGUAACACGACUGACACCGGAACAGGAACUGAUGGAGAGAAAAAUAAAAGAACGAGUUAUGAAGCUGAGUUGUGAUGAUGACAUGGAUGUGAUGAGUUUGUUAGGAGAUGACGCGUCAGAUAUUUCCUCGGUGACGAAUAUCACAAGCUGCUCUGAGACGUCUAAUAUGUCGACUGUGGAUGGGAAAGAUUCAUUAGACGGCAAUGAUGGUUUAUUUGAGGAGCUAGAAAGUCGUAUACGUGAGGAAGGGAAGGUUAGUGUAGACGAACAGGGUCAAGUGAAAUUCUCGGUGUGGGUCAGUUUUGCGGAGAUUUACAACGAGCAGAUAUUUGAUCUUCUAGAACUGGUGCCACCAAAGAAAAAGAACUACAGGCGGCCUUGUCUUAAACUUAGCGAGGAUAAAAAUGGAAGUCCAUAUAUAAAAGGAUUGAAGCAUAUACAGGUGAAUUCAGCUGAUGAAGCAUACAAAUUACUUACAAUUGGUCAGAAGAACCUUCAGACAGCUUGUACUAAACUUAACCACAAUUCCUCUAGAAGUCAUUGUAUUUUUAACAUCAAAAUCAUCCGUGUUAUAGAUAAGGACAAUCCUCAUGCAGCCAGAGUUAGUAUGUUGUCUUUGUGUGAUUUAGCUGGGUCAGAAAGGCAUGGUAAAACACAGACAACAGGUGACCGUCUGAAAGAGGCUGGAAAUAUCAACACAUCACUUCUAACACUGGGACGUUGCAUAGAAACAUUGAGGCACAAUCAAGCUCAUAAGGAGAACAGCAGAAUUAUUCCAUUCAGAGAGUCAAAGUUGACAAGACUAUUCCAGAAUUUCUUCGUAGGUCAGGGUAAAGCAGCUAUGAUUGUGAACGUAAACCAGCUAGCCAGUAUGUUUGACGAGACGAUGCAUGUGUUCAAGUUUUCAGCGAUCGCUAGCAAGGUGGAGGUUCAACAGAAGCCGGUAUUUAUCAAACCAAAGUUACCUCUGGCCCCAGCUCCUGCACAUAUCCCGAGGACCUCGAUCAGCUGGGCUACUCCUGCAAGAAACAACACAUUAAAACAAAGAGAGGCUGAGAAUGUACCUUUACCUGAAUUGGAAGAUGACGACCUUGAAGAAUCUGAGACAGAGGAACAAAUUUACACACAGGAGAAUAUUGAUGAAUUACUGGGUAUAAUUGAGCAGCUUCAGACGGACCUUGAGAAUGAGAUACACUCUAAAUACAAGCAGGAGAAGAUGAUACGUAAAGAAGUCUGUGAGGAAAUGAUGAAACAAUUUACAGAAAUUGAGGAACAGUACAGUGAGCGUAUCCGGGUUAGAGAACAGCGUGCGGAGGAACUGGCAGAGAAGAGGCUAAAGAUUGUAUUGGAUGCUGAAAGGGCAAAGAGGAAAGAUAUGAUGAAUGAUGGCGAGGACGAAUGGGUGUCUAGCAUGUUAUUACACCAGGAAAAGAUAAAAGUUGAGAAGAAAGAUGAAAUAAUCAAAGGUUUGAAAGAAGAAAUUAACACUUUAAAAGAAAAGGAGUCUACUUACGAGACAAAACUGAAAGAUUUGACAGAGAAAGUUGGAAGUUAUGAGAAUAGGAUAAAAGAUUUAGAAGACCAGUUGGAAAAGGAAAGGGAACACAAUAAAGAGGGAAAGAAAAUUUCAAAGAUGUUGUCAGAGUAUGAGGAGAAAAUAAAAUCCCUAGAGGAGGAACUGGUAAAGAAAGAGGAGAGGAAUGUAGAGGACUCUAGUAAUGCAGAUCUAGUUGAGAAUCUUACACAACAACUGCAGCAGGCAAGACAGCAUAUAAAAGAACAGGAGCAGGAGGUCAGCGAAUUAAACGAUAUGCUGACAGAGGCUGGCGAGACAUUCGAACAGAAACAGUCAGAAAUAGACAAACUGAAGGAACUUACACAGGAAUAUGAAACUCGCAUGGAGACACAGGCUGAGGCGAUUAAGGUCUUGGAGCGUGCAGCGUCGGAUAGCAAGGUUGCCAUGGAUACAGCUGACCAAUCAUUGAGUAAGAGGGAGGAAUGCGUCGCCAACCUGCAGGCAGAGAUACGUAAUCUUGAAGGUACUGAGAAAGAGGAAAUAGUCCUUGAAUCCCCCUUAAGGCAUUCUACAAACACACCUUGUCUGUCGGACAAAGUGUCUACUGCCCUAGAUAAAUUCAGGCAAUCUAUAUCGGCCUUAGAUUUCUCAUAUACACAAGGAAGUUCGGAGAAAAUUAAAGACAGAAACUCUAGUCAUAAGAUUGAAAGUUACCACGCAGAUAGUUCAGGUGUUGUAGCAGAUUGCGAUAGUGAGGAUUUGUCUGACACGGAAGUUUUCUUCAACAAAGCUCCAUCGAAGGCGGACAGCAAAAAUAAAGUGAUAGAAUCCGAGUCCAAGUCGGGAAAGUCGAAAAUAUUCGUACAUUGAUCAUGCAUCUGUUGAAUAUUCUGGAUCGGAUAUG